AUGAAGACGGCUUUUUCCUUUACUUUCGUCCUUGCUUUCGCUCAACAUUGCUUUGGGGCUACUCAUGAGGGUCGUCCUAAUCUUGGGACUUUUCAACAGCCAUCUGCAUACGCCCGUCCAAGGUUCCGAUAUUGGGUGCCAGAUGCGUCUGUGAAUCUGUCAACGAUUCGACAAGAUAUUGAAGAUGCAGGCAAGAUAGGCGCAGGCGGCGUCGAGUUGCUUGGCUAUUACAACUACGGCGAUAUUGAAUCGGGAGCAGGCGUCAUACCCGUAGAUUGGGCAAAGUAUGGCUGGGGUACGCCAGCUUGGAGGGAUUUGCAAGAUGCAGCACUGCAGGCAACCAAGGACAAUAAUCUUGUCAUUGAUCUAGCCCUUGGGCCGAAUCAAGGAGCAGGCGUUCCAGCUCCUGUCGAUGCCGACAGACUGCAGUGGGAUCUUCAGCCAUUCAAUGUUUCCAUUCCAGUCGGCGGUAGUUUCGACAACACUCUACCUGGAUGGGGAACUGGCCCGCUCGUUUCAGCCUCGACUGGUCUGGUGAGACGUUCAGCGAACAUCAGCUCUGUCAUGACAUAUACCUUGUCUGCUGAAUCUCUCCACGAUGUCACAGAUCAGGUCGCUCCUGACGGCCAACUCGCCCUCGAUUUCACUGCUGAUGGCACGGGUGAGCAAUAUGUCAUAUUCGCCUACUAUCUUGUCCACACGCAGUACAGGGAGCAACAGACACCUGAGCUUGUGGUAUCGGGCAAAGGUGUCGAGCAGUCACCAGUGACAUCCUUUGUCCAAAAUGGCUCCUGGGUUGUCGACCAUUUCUCACGGAAAGGUGCUGAAGAGAUGUCGACAUUCUGGAAGACCCAUUUGCUGGAAGGUGGCCAUACUUCAGAGCUUGUACGACAAGUUGGCCGCUACAUGUGGGAAGACUCCCAAGAGUUCAAAGCCAACAUUCUUUGGACGCCUAACGUGCCGGUUGCUUUCAAAGUCCAACAUGGAUACCCCAUCGGCAAGUACAUUCCAUUGUUAAUGCAUGACAACUCGGGAGGAAUCAGUCUCUUUGGGAGUACUGCCACUUCAGUUUUCGUCACGGAUGAAGCAGAUUCUGGUGCUUCUCACGUGGUUGACUUUCGACAGACGAUGACCCUCCUGAACCAGGAUUACUUGAAUGGCCUGACCGAGUUUGCAAACUCAAUCGGAAUGCAGUCUUCUGCUCAAGUGGCGUACAACUUUCCACUGGAUAUGCUGUCGAACGUGCCUCGUGUCGACGCGCCAGAAUGUGAGACUCUCGGCUUCUCGCAUACCAUUGAUAGCUAUCGCCAAUUCGCAGGGCCUGCCAACCUUGCUGGCAAACGGGUCAUCUCUUCUGAAGCAGGGGCAACGCCUUUAGAUGCAUUUCAGCAGACAGUCCAUGAGCUAUUGUGGCAGCUGAAACGAUCCACAGUUGGUGGUGUGAAUGCUUUCAUUCUCCAUGGGAUGCCCUACUCUGGUUUUUAUCCCAACACGACAUGGCCCACGUAUACGACUUUCACUUACAUCUUCUCCGAGAUGCACAAUCGUCACCAACCUGGAUGGCAAUACUAUCGAGCGUUCAUGGACUACACCGCCAGAAGCCAGCAGAUAGCUCAGAGCGGUGUGCCAAAGGCUGACGUCGCGUUCUGGCAGAAGAAGACCUCGUACACCACUGUGCCCCGGUCAUAUCAGCCAACAGAUCUUGAACAAGCCGGAUACACGUAUGAGUAUCUGUCGCCGGACGACUUCUCUUUGCCGGGUGCCUAUGUUGAGGGUGGCAUUUUAGCACCCCAACAGCAAGCUUUCAAGGCUCUGAUUGUUCGUAGCAAUGAGACUUUGACAGCAUUCGGUGUAAGCAAGCUCGAAGAGUGGGCGAAAGAUGGACUUCCGAUCAUCUUCUCUGGUGGCGUUCCCGUUAAUGUGUCAGGUACGGUGUCUGCUGGCGAUCAUCAGAGGAUCAAUGCAUCACUCGCUCGGAUCACCAAGCUGCGGAACGUGCAUGUUGUGCCUGCUGCUGGACUUGCGCAGUCACUGUCCUCGCUUGGUAUUCGUCCUAGAGUCUCGCUUUCAGGAUCGAACGACAUCUGGUACACUCGGUGGUGGGAAAGCGCAGAGGAGACCACAGUAUUCAUCUACUGGGACACCCUGGCAGCGUCUCCUCCAACAUCGAACAAGACCGUAAAGUUCGCCGCUAAUAGCACGCCAUGGGUUUACGAUGCUUGGACAGGGGUGCAGAAUCCAGCGAAGGGGUACUCGCAGAGUGGGAACACCACGACGAUGGUAUUGACAUUGGCUGGCAACCAAACGGCAAUAAUUGCUUUCAAAAAGCAUGACUCAAGGAGGCUAACUGGAGAGCAUGCAGCUACAGGCGUCCGUGAAGUUGACCUGAGCCGGAACUGGACGUUGACAGUCGAGUCUUGGAUGCCUCCCGACGAUAUUUUCGACAUCGAGGGUACUGUCAAGGAGAACAGCACGUACUCAAUCGAUCGCCUGCUUCCUUGGAAUCGACUGUCUGUCGGGACGAACUUGACAUUCGUUUCAGGGCGUGGCUUUUACCAGUCGACGUUCGUGUGGCCACUCUUAGCUGGCGAGUCCAUCGCCAACGAAGCAGUGAUCUCGAUGAGUCCUAUCAUUCACACAGCCGUGCUGUACGUGAACGGCCGUGAAACACCACCUUUGGAUGUCACAGCUCCUGAAGUCGACAUCUCUGGCUACCUGCAGAAAGGCGUGAAUACAAUCGACAUUGUCGUCAGCACGCCGCUGGGGAAUGCCAUGAUCCCAGUCAUUGAUAAGCUAAAGACGAUGGGUGCUUCAGCAGUAUCCCUUCCAGAAGACAUGGCCUCUUUGUUCGGCGGGGCCGCUUUAAUUCAGCCCAAGGAGUAUGGCUUGGUUGGUGAUGUCGUUUUGAAGGUCAGGAAGAGAGAUUGA